AUGGCGACUACAACGCUGACAAAGGAGCAGUACCCGCCCCGACUGUCCCAGUCGGAGCAAAACGCCCUCGUGCAGACCGUCAAGGACUGGGCUAUUGGCAACGGCUUGUCAGUCAGGCCGCCUCCCGCCGUCGUGACGCCAGAGUCAGACCCCAAAGGUAUUCUUGCUGUCAACGUGCCCGUUACGCUGUUCCCUAGUCCUUUCCCCAAGGGAUGCUUCGAGCAGGCGAGAUCCGUGCAAAAGACGUAUAAUGAGCUCUAUGCCGCCAUCAGUAGGGACGAGGAGUUUCUGAGUGCCAUGGUGGAUGAGGUCAAGGGAGGCGACGACUUCAUCAGCAAGUUAUGGGAUACCCAUGUGCGUGUGAAGAAGGAAGGAUAUACUCAAAGCCUCUCCUUGGGAUUGUUCAGAUCAGACUAUCUUGUCCAUCAGGAUAUCUCGUCAGGUGAACCUAAACGCCAGGUCAAGCAGGUCGAAUUCAAUACGAUAGCUUCAUCCUUUGGUGGUCUUUCAUCCCGAACCUCGCUGCUCCAUAAAUUCCUUUCCGUGGCAGAAUACCCACUGCUGGAUCGUCCCAUCGAAUCCGCGUCACUCGACCUGCCCGAGAACAAGAGCGUCCAGGGUCUCUCAAGCGGUAUUCGCGCCGCGUUCAAUGCCUACGGCCCGUCGGAGCUCGGCCACAAGAAGUGCGUCAUCUUCGUCGUCCAGGGCGGCGAAAGGAACAUCUUUGAUCAGCGCCACCUUGAGUACGCCCUCGUCAACUCCGCCGACCCCGUCAACGUCUUCCGCGUCCCCGUCUCUGAGCUCCUGCAGCACACCGAGGUUGCCGACACCCCCAAGCGUCAGCUGCUGUACAAGCUGCCCCGGGACCCCUCCAAGGUCUUCGAGGUCGCCGUCGCGUACCUGAGAUGCUGGUACGACCCGUCAGACUACCCGGACGAGAGCGCCUGGGAGGCCCGCUACCACCUCGAGAGGUCGUCUGCCAUCAAGUGCCCCACCGUCCUGACCCAGCUGGCCGGCAGCAAGAAGAUCCAACAGGUUCUGGCCACGCCGAGAGCAGCAGGAUCCUCGCCUUCGGUUCUCGGGCGCUUCAUCCCCGACGAUUCUCCCAGCACUGCCGAGGUUUUCGAGACCUUUACCAACAUUUUCCCGAUGGACACCUCCGAGGCCGGGCUCAAGGCGCGCAAGAUUGCGCAGGAUCCCGAGCUGUGCAAGAGCUACGUCCUCAAGCCGCAGAGAGAAGGCGGCGGGAACAACCACUACCGCGAGGACAUUCCCGAAUUCUUGAAGAAGACUCCCGAGACGCACUGGGGCUCGUAUAUUUUGAUGGAGUUGAUCACACCGCCCAAGCAAGACAACAUCAUCCUCCGGAACGGCAACCUCGAAGAAGGCGGCGUCAUCUGCGAGCUUGGCAUUUACGGCACUACGGUGUGGAAUCAGGGCACCGGGAAGGUGAUUCACAAUGAGGAGGCUGGCUAUUUGCUCCGCACCAAGGGUGACACCAGCAAUGAGGGGGGUGUGGCUGCGGGCUUUGGAUGCAUGGAUAGCUGUACGCUCGUCUGA